UGCCCUUAUACCAUUUAACACUCUGGGUCCACCCUCAAGACACUGGGCUGCGGGUCAAGCGAGCCACCACUGCUCUUCCAAGUAUCACUUUGACAGGUUCUUCUGGAGGAGAUCCUUCUUUUUUUAACCCAUCCUUUUAAACAAAAUGGCACCAAAGAAAGAUGUGAAGAAGCCUGCUGCUGCUGCUGCUGCUACCCCGGCCCCUGCCCCAGCCCCAGCCCCUGCCCCAGCCAAACCUAAGGAAGAAAAAAUUGACCUCUCUGCUAUUAAGAUCGAGUUUUCUAAGGAACAACAAGAGGAGUUCAAGGAGGCAUUUCUCCUGUUUGACAGAACAGGAGAAUCCAAGAUCACCUUAAGCCAGGUCGGUGAUGUCCUCCGGGCUCUGGGCACAAACCCCACCAAUGCAGAAGUCAAGAAGGUUCUCGGGAACCCUAGUAAUGAAGAGCUGAAUGCUAAGAAAAUCGAGUUUGAACAAUUUCUGCCCAUGAUGCAAGCUAUUUCCAACAACAAGGACCAGGGAAGCUAUGAAGAUUUUGUUGAGGGUCUGCGUGUCUUCGACAAGGAGGGCAAUGGUACAGUGAUGGGUGCUGAACUACGCCAUGUUCUAGCUACCCUGGGUGAAAAGAUGAAAGAGGAAGAAGUGGAAGCCCUGAUGGCAGGCCAGGAAGACUCCAAUGGCUGCAUUAACUAUGAGGCUUUCGUCAAACACAUCAUGUCUAUCUAAAUGGAGCUCUUAAGAAUAUUCACUGUUUAGGAAGACUGGCUGAUAUGUUAUUUCAAGAACACCCAUGACUAACUGUCUAGAAAUAUUUACCAUUACUCAGAAGAUCAAAACAAUCUGGACCAUUCUAGAAUGAAGGACUCCCUGAAUUUUUAUGUCUUAAGUUUUUCUCCGAGAUGUACUCUCUGAGCUGCUCUGGGGAAAAACAACUAAAUGUUGACAAUCUCGAAUCUAAGCACCACCUUUAUUGCCUACAUGGGUCAAAAUUAUCCUUAAAAACACAUCAAUAAACAAUCUUGGUCAGUCUGAAAUA